GAGCAGCCCCGACUCCGCAGUUGUCUCCCGAGCGCGGGCUGCGCCGCCCGAGCCGCUGGGCUGGGGAAGCGCUAGCGGUUGGCUCCCGGGCCGGCUCCUCCAGGCGCUCGCAGGCAUGCAGCCCGGGAGCAGGCGGCGCGCCCCGGGCCGGUGCUGAGCCGGCCGGGGCGGCGGGGACCAGCGCCUGCCGAGCCCCUCCCACCUUGCCCCGGGGCCCGCGAGCUGCGCUCCGGCACCCCCUCUUCGCCCGCAGCCCCGCCAGCGCCACCCCCCCCCACCCCCCGCGGGCCGCAGGGGCUCAUGCAGCCGCCAAGGGAGAGGCUAGUGGUAACAGGCCGAGCUGGAUGGAUGGGUAUGGGGAGAGGGGCAGGACGUUCAGCCCUGGGAUUCUGGCCGACCCUCGCCUUCCUUCUCUGCAGCUUCCCCGCAGCCACGUCCGCGUGCAAGAUCCUCAAGUGCAACUCUGAGUUCUGGAGCGCCACGGCGGGCAGCCACUCCCCCACCUCGGACGACGCCCCCGAGUUCUGCGCGGCCCUGCGCACCUACGCCCUGUGCACGCGGCGCACGGCCCGCACCUGCCGGGGCGACCUGGCCUACCACUCGGCCGUCCAUGGCAUAGAGGACCUCAUGAGCCAGUACAACUGCUCCAAGGAUGGCCCCACGUCGCAGCCGCGCCUGCGCACCCUCCCGCCGCCGGGCGACAGCCAGGAGCGCUCCGACAGCCCCGAGAUCUGCCACUACGAGAAGAGCUUCCACAAGCAUGCGGCGGCCCCCAACUACACGCACUGCGGCCUCUUCGGGGACCCGCACCUCAGGACUUUCACUGACCGCUUCCAGACCUGCAAGGUGCAGGGCGCCUGGCCUCUCAUCGACAACAAUUACCUGAACGUACAGGUCACCAACACGCCCGUGCUGCCCGGCUCGGCCGCCACCGCCACCAGCAAGCUCACCAUCAUCUUCAAGAACUUCCAGGAGUGCGUGGACCAGAAGGUGUACCAGGCCGAGAUGGACGAGCUCCCGGCCGCCUUCGCCGACGGCUCCAAGAACGGUGGGGACAAGCACGGAGCCAACAGCCUGAAGAUCACGGAGAAGGUGUCGGGCCAGCACGUGGAGAUCCAGGCCAAGUACAUCGGCACCACCAUCGUGGUCCGCCAGGUGGGCCGAUACCUGACUUUCGCCGUCCGCAUGCCGGAGGAGGUGGUCAACGCCGUGGAGGACCGGGACAGCCAGGGCCUCUACCUCUGCCUGCGCGGCUGCCCCCUCAACCAGCAGAUCGACUUCCAGGCCUUCCGCGCCAACGCCGAGGGCCCCGGCACCCGCAGGCCGGCCGCCGCCAGCCCCGCGCCCGCGGCCCCCGACACCUUCCCGUACGAGACGGCCGUGGCCAAGUGCAAGGAGAAGCUGCCCGUGGAGGACCUCUACUACCAGGCCUGCGUCUUCGACCUGCUCACCACGGGCGACGUGAACUUCACGCUGGCCGCCUACUACGCCCUGGAGGACGUCAAGAUGCUGCACUCCAACAAAGACAGGCUUCACCUGUACGAGAGGACUCGGGAGCCGCCGGGCCGGGCCGCCGCGGUGGGGAUGCCCCCCGCCCCCCGGUCGCUCCUGGGCAGCCUCCUGCUCCUCACGCUGCUCCCCGCCGUCCUGGAGGCUGUCGCCGCGUAGGGCAGAGAGGCGGGCACUGCCUGUCCCUGAGCCGGGGGGGGGGGGGGGGGGGGG